UGAACCCUAAUCUCCGAGCUCCUCUCUCAGAAACUCCCCAUCCCCUUUUGUUUUUAAAGAAUCUCUGCUCCUCCUUUUUUUCCGGCUCUUAAAGAGCCAGCUCGCCCUUAGACUUCCCUGACUCCAGCGCUGGAAGGAUGCUCAGAGACCCGCUAGCUAUCCUGUGCCUCUGCAGACAAAGACGCUUAGGCCCGGAGAGCCGACGUGACCUACCAAAAGGUCACCGGCAAGUCACCCGCCAAGAUCUUCAACUGGAAGGGGGUGCUUUAGGGUCCUGGGGGAGUACUCCCCUGCCCUCCUCCAGGGCCAGGGGACCAGCAUCUUCAGGCAGGAAGUAUUCAGACCAUUGUGAGGCUCGGGCGUCAAGGCCUGGAAAGAGCCGCAUCCCUGGCAGAGACCAUCGGCGUUACUAUCACGACCACUGGCGGCUGGAGUACCUGAUGGAUUUCAAUCCUGCCCGACACGGCAUGGUGUGCAUGGUGUGUGGCAGCUCGCUGGCCACCCUCAAGCUCAGUACCAUUAAGAGGCACAUUCGUCAGAAGCACCCCUACUCUCUGCAUUGGAGUCCUCGGGAGAAGGAAGUCAUCAGCAACAGCUGGGAUGCCCAUCUAGGCCUGGGGGCAUGUGGCGAGUCUGAGAGCCUGGGGGCCCAGGGGGUUGAGGAGGAGGAAGAGGAAGAAGACGAUGAAGAGGAGGAGGAGGGGAGCAGCCUUCAAGCUUGCCCAUCCAAGGGUUCAGGCAAAGCCCCAGCUGGUGGGGGCUGCCGGCGCCAGCGGAAAGGGGUACGAGGGGGCCCAGUGGCACCUCGGCGGCGUCGGCGCCUCUCCGCCUCCCGUGCCUCCCGGAGGGCUGGGGCCAGCAGGGGGCUGGGGGCCCGGCGUCUGGAGCGGAGACUGAAGGAGUCCCUGCAGAACUGGUUCCGGGCCGAGUGUCUCAUGGACUAUGACCCGCGGGGGAACCGGCUGGUGUGUAUGGCCUGCGGCCGGGCACUGCCCAGCCUGCACCUCGACGACAUCCGUGCCCACGUGUUGGAGGUGCACCCCAACUCCCUAGGGCUCAGCGGCCCCCAGCGCAGUGCCCUGCUGCAGGCCUGGGGUGACCAGCCGGAGUCUGAGCUCACUCAGGCCCCACCAGACGAUGACGUCCCCCAGGACCUGACCAGAAAGAGCCGGGACUCCGCCCCCACUGCUGGAGCCCCCUCCUCUCAGGAUCUCAGCCCCCCAGACGUAAAGGAAGAGGCUGGCUGGGUCCCUGAGAGGCCCGGGCCCACAGAGCAGGAGGAGGAGGAGGAGCUGGAGGAGGGCGAGGGCAAGAGGGCAGGCGGCCAGGGCCGGCCGCCCCGGGGCCGCGACCACCGCCGCCACUACCAGGAGUGCUGGCGGCUGGAGUACCUCAUGGAGCUGGACGGCUGCCGGCGCGGCCUCGUGUGCAUGGUGUGCGGGGGCGCGCUGGCCUCGCUAAAGAUGAGCACCAUCAAGCGACACAUCCGCCAGCGCCACCCAGGCUCCACGAGUCUCAGCGGGCCGGUCAAGGCCCUCAUCGCCCAGGAGUGGAGCGAGAAGGCCGCCCACCUGCUGGCCCUGGGACUGCCCGGCCCAGAGUCCCCCCGCGGCCCGGAUGCCCCCAGCACAGCCGCAGCCUCCGAGGAGGGGGGAGGGGCAGAGGAGGCGGAGCCAGAGGAGGAGUGGUGGGGCGACGUCCCGCCGUCCCCAGGGACACCGUUGGAGCGACCCGCCGAGGAAGAGGAGGACGAAGAGGACAGCCAGGAGCCCGGGGGGCUGGCCUUCCCGCCGCUGCCGCCGCCGCCGCCUCCCCCGCCGCCGCCGCCACCACCGCGCAGCCGGGAACAGCGGCGGAACUACCAGCCGCGCUGGCGGGGCGAAUACCUGAUGGACUACGACGGCAGCCGGCGCGGCCUCGUGUGCAUGGUGUGCGGGGGCGCGCUGGCCACGCUCAAGGUGAGCACCAUCAAGCGACACAUCCUGCAGGUGCACCCCUUCUCCAUGGACUUCACGCCCGAGGAGCGCCAGACCAUCCUGGAAGCCUACGAGGAGGCAGCGCUGCGCUGCUACGGCCACGAGGGGUUCGGACCCCCAGCCCCGGCGCCCCGCGACGGCGGCGCGGACCUCAAGUCGGGCGCCGUGUGUCGCGCGUAG